AGGUGAAGUGAGGUGAUCAGCUAUUGGUUGUGAUGCUGCACCCACGUUUUACGUGACAGCCUCCAGGGUCAGUGUGCUUUAGUCCAUCUGGAAGUAGGUGACCGGUCAUGAUAUUCAGACUGACAGCAGCCAGCAGCCACCUCGGCUAUUGCAGACUUGGAAGAAGUUUGUAUUCACACACAGCCACCAUGCUGCCAAAUACAGGGAGACUUGCUGGAUGCACUCUCUUCAUCACCGGGGCCAGUCGCGGUAUUGGAAAAGCGAUUGCUCUGAAAGCUGCAAGAGAUGGUGCCAAUGUGGUUAUAGCGGCAAAGACUGCAGAACCACACCCUAAGCUACCAGGAACAAUAUAUACGGCAGCUGCGGAAAUUGAAGCGGCUGGUGGAAGGGCCUUGCCUUGCAUUGUUGAUGUGAGAGACGAACAACAAAUCAGUGAAGCUGUGGAGAAAGCAGUGAGCACAUUUGGAGGUAUAGACAUCUUGGUUAACAAUGCCAGUGCAAUCAAUUUGACUAAUACUUUAGACACUCCAAUGAAGAAAGUGGACCUUAUGAUGGGAAUCAACACUAGAGGAACGUAUCUCGCAUCAAAAGUGUGCAUCCCACACCUAAAAAGAAGUAAAGUGGCACACAUUCUAAACCUUAGUCCUCCACUCAACUUGAAUCCAAUUUGGUUUAAGAAUCACUGUGCAUAUACCAUUGCAAAGUAUGGAAUGUCUAUGUGCGUUUUGGGGAUGGCUGAGGAAUUUAAAGGAGAAAUUGCUGUCAAUGCUUUGUGGCCUAAAACAGGUAUACAUACAGCUGCUAUGGAUAUGCUGGGAGGAUCUGGGGUAGAGAAGCAAUGCAGAACAGCUGACAUCAUGGCCGACGCUGCAUACUCCAUUUUAACGAAACCUAAGAGCUACACUGGAAAUUUUGUAAUUGAUGAAGAGCUACUAAGGACUGAAGGAAUAAAGGAUUUUGAUGUCUAUGCAGUGUCUCCAGGGCAUCCUUUGCUUCCUGACUUUUUCUUGGAUGAAAGCCCAGAUGUUGUCACCAGUAAAUUGGAGGAGCUGGGUGAGGGAAAAACAUCAUCAAACAUCCAAAGUCCAGUGGAGGAUACAUUUAAAGCCAUUGGAAAAUCAAUUAAUGAAGAUGCUGUAAAGUCUGUUCAAGGCAUCUAUCAAUUUGUACUUUCAGGGGCAGAACAAGGCACAUGGUAUAUGGACCUGAAAAAUGACAAGGGUGCAGUUGGAAAAGGGGAACCACCUAUAAAAGCUGAUGUGGUGAUGAGCUUGGACAGCGAAGACUUUGUGAAAAUGUUUACAGGGAAACUAAAGCCAACAAUGGCAUUCAUGGGAGGAAAGCUGAAGAUCAAAGGCAAUAUGGCUCUAGCAAUGAAACUGGAGGCGCUUAUGGGCCGACUGAAUUCCAAGCUGUGAUUGUCAGAAACAUCUAUGUUAACACUAAAGACACAAUCCUGAAAAAAGGGUCUGCUGGAAGUUUUGGCAUAGUUAUGCACUUAAAGCACGAUUUUAUAUCAUAAUAUAAAUAUAAAUAUUGUAAUUGGUAAAUGUACCUCAUGCAGAUGUAGGAUCUGAAUUUCACUUUGCAUGUAAUCUGAUUGCGAUGUUGCCUUAUUAAAAAUGUGAACUGACUGACAUGGUUCAAAAAUCAAUGCCUUUAAAUAAGCAAAAGCUAUUGUAUAAUAUUGACUCCACGAAACACAAAUAGAAUAUACAACAUUUUAUAUCUACUAAGCCUCAAUGCAUUUUACUAGUAUAUAACAGUAGGUGAAAACAAGUAAAAUUAAUUAAAGGCAUAUUCAACACCAGAGCAACCAGUAAUGCAUAAGGGUUUGUAUACCUAAGGAAUGUUUAAGUGGUGCACAUUUGAGAUAAUUUGUACAUUUUAUACAGAACUUUUCAAACAAUAAAAGAGUAAUAAAGUUUAAAAAUGUU